AAGCUGAGAAAAAAUAGUUAUCAAGUGAAAUUGAGUUAGGAGCAUGGGCGCCAUUACCAUUUCCUCCACCUCCCUCUCUUCUAAUCUUCUUCUUCUUCUUCUUCUCCUUCUAUCCCUUAAGGAGGGGUAUGUCUUGGGACGAAGACAAGCUCCGGCAGACAGCCACCAACUUCAGCAUAGCCAUACCGUCCAUGUCAGCUCUCUUCUACCCUCCUCUGUUUGCAGCCCUUCUACCAAAGCUUUGGACAAAAAGUCAUCUUUACAAGUUGUCCACAAGCAUGGCCCAUGCUCUCAGCUCCAUCAAGAUAAAGCCAGUAUUCCCACCCACGCCGAGGUGCUCCUCCGGGACGAAGCCCGAGUCAAGUCUAUUCACUCGAGACUUGGCAGGAAGCCGGGUUCCAGCGAUGUGGACGAGACAGAUGCCGCCAAGCUCCCUGCCAAGGAUGGUAGUGUGGUGGGCUCGGGCAAUUACAUAGUCACAGUGGGUCUUGGCACCCCAAAGAAAGAUUUAUCUCUCAUAUUUGAUACUGGAAGUGACAUCACAUGGACACAAUGCCAGCCUUGUGCAAAAUCUUGUUAUAAACAACGGGACCCAAUUUUUGCACCAUCACUGUCCUCGACAUAUUCCAACAUUUCAUGCACCUCGACAGCGUGCAGUUCACUGACUUCUGCCACAGGUAACUCACCUGGCUGCGCAUCAUCAGCUUGUGUCUAUGGCAUCCAAUAUGGGGACUCGUCUUUCUCAGUUGGAUUCUUUGCUAAAGAGAAGCUCACCUUGACACCAACAGAUAAGUUCGAUAACUUUCUAUUCGGUUGCGGCCAGAACAACCAAGGUCUUUUUGUUGGCGCAGCCGGUUUGCUAGGACUUGGCCGAGAUCAAUUGUCUUUGCCAUCACAAACCGCCUCAAAAUACAAGAAAUUCUUCUCCUACUGCUUGCCGUCAUCCGCCAGCUCCGAUGGUUUCCUCGCUUUUGGCGACGGUGGUGGCCUCUCAAAAUCCGUGAAGUUCACCACAUUGUCCACAGUCUCCCAAGGGCAAUCCUUUUACGGCAUCGACGUCACUGGAAUAAGCGUCGGCGGCCAAAAACUAUCGAUCUCAGCAUCCCUUUUCACCACUGCCGGCACCAUCAUUGACUCCGGAACCGUCAUCACGCGGUUGCCACCGACUGCCUACGCGGCACUGAGUUCUUCAUUCCGACAGAAGAUGACCCAAUACCCAAGGGCACAACCACUUUCAAUCCUGGACACAUGCUAUGACUUCAGCAAAUAUUCCUCAGUCUCCAUUCCUAAGAUAAGCUUCUUCUUCAGCGGGGGUGUUGAGGUCCCAAUCGACGCCAAGGGAAUUCUGUACGUUAACAGCAUCUCCCAGGUGUGCCUGGGGUUCGCCGGAAACAGUGAUGACACUGAUAUUGGGAUCGUCGGGAAUACACAGCAGAAGACAUUGCAAGUGGUUUACGAUGGCGCUGGAGGGAGGAUUGGGUUUGGCACAGGGGCCUGUUCCUAAGUUUUUUGUGAGCUAAUUUGAGAAGAAAAAUCCUCGAGUUAGCUGUCGAAUCAUAAUUCAUAUGAUAGCAAGAAUGGCUUUAAGAUUGAAAUAACUGAUAAAAAAUAGUGAAGCUCAAGAACUAUGUAUCCAAAUUCAGGGGAAGUAACAAAUCAAAGUGUUUACUGCAACUCAUCAUGUACGGUAAUAAGCUUAGGCUUGGAUUUCUAAGGCAAUGUUCAAACCUUGAAAUCAUAUAUAAUUACGAUACCUUUUCUUAAAUGGAACAAAAAAACAAAAUUAUGAGCAA